AACAGCCGACAACAUCCGGAAGUCUGGCAAAAUCAACUGCACUGAAAACCAGUUUGACGUCCAGCGGCCCCGCAGUGUAGCUCGUAAACUAGCUUUGUCGCAAUUUUUUGGGUGGUUGUUCUCCUACUAAGCUGUCGAUCGUUUUCACUUGUCUAACUCUUCACCAGCUUGUUGUACCAUGUCACUUUUGUGUUACAAUAAAGGCUGCGGGCAGCGAUUUGAUCCAGACAAGAACCCUGAUGAUGCCUGCACCUAUCAUCCGGGCGUUCCAGUAUUCCAUGAUGCACUGAAGGGUUGGUCCUGCUGCAAGAGAAGAACUACUGACUUUUCAGACUUCCUCAGUAUCGCUGGUUGUACAAAAGGUCCUCACAACAAAGAGAAGCCCCCCGAGCCAGUGAAACCUGAUGUAACAUCGUCAGGAGAAAAGAAAGACGCCGAUGACCAAAGACCAAAGUUCGAUGAGUACAUCAUCUCUGCGCCAAAGCCUCUGGAGGCAAUAUGCAGACCAAGUGCCGAUGAGCCAAUGGUGCGAAUGCAGCAUAAGGUCUCUGCCUCUCUGAAGCAGGCUCUGGAGAAACUGAAGCUGUCGGAAAAUACAACAGAGAAGAAAGAGGAGGAUAGCGACGAGAUCAAGAUUGGAACAUCCUGUAAAAACGGGGGAUGUACCAAAACUUUUGAUGGACCUGCAACCAAUGCAGAUGUAUGUUCCUACCAUUCUGGAUUCCCCAUCUUCCACGAAGGGAUGAAGUACUGGAGCUGUUGUAAAAGGAAAACUUCAGAUUUUGACGCCUUCCUGUCUCAAGAGGGAUGCGCCAAGGGAACUCAUGCAUGGAGGAAAAAAGACACGGGUAAAAAAGUGGUUCCAUGUCGGUUUGACUGGCACCAGACUGGAGGGCAGGUCAUCAUCUCUAUCUACGCCAAGAACUCCAUCCCAGAGAUGAGCUACGUGGAGGCAAACAGCACCACGCUCAACAUCCAUAUUAUAUUUGAGGGAGAGAAGGAAUUCACACAGGAUAUCAAUUUGUGGGGAGUUAUUGACGUGAGCAAGAGUAUAGUGAACAUGAUGGCGGCCAAGAUUGAGGUAGCCAUGAAGAAGUCGGAGCCCAUGUCGUGGGCUCGCCUGGACUUUCCUCCACCUGCCCCUCCGCCCAAGGAGAACAAGAAGGAGAAAGAGGAGGAUGACAGUGAGGAUGAAGAUGAAUGAUGAGGGAUUAAAAUAAAGAACAUGACGUAUACUUUAGCUGAAACCAAGGCCACACAGUUCCUUCUUUACCUCUUUUGCUCUCAAAAGUAUGAUGGCGGUUUUUGGAGUGGCUCAUCCUGCCCCACAGGGACCUGUGGCCCCUACUCCUCUUGCAUCGCAGUGUUUCCCCUAUCAUUCUUUGUAGCGAAACGGGUUGGGAGUCAUGGUCAUGUGCUUAAUUACAACAGAAUUAAAGCCUGGAUAACACAGGAAUAGAAAUCAUAUGCACAUACAUGACAACUGCUGAAUGAAUGUAGGGGCAGCACUGUGAUAUUGUUAACCUGCCAUCAUAUCAGAUGAUACACAAGUUAUGUUGUACUGUAACUUUUUGGAUUAUAACAUCACUCAAUGACCUGAGUGCGGUGGUCAUGCUUGCUUUCAGAUGCAUACAGAGCCCAUCAAGCUCCAUUUCAUGUGGACCACUCAUGUCAAGACCACAGUUGUCAACCAUUUUACGUUUCAUAUAUAUUUUGUAUAAGUGCAUCUGUCUGCGUGGCACCAUUUGUAUAUUUAAUGUUUAGCACUUUUGAAUUUUUGCUAAUCUCUUUUGCAUUCCAUCCUUUGGAUUCAUUUCAAUUUUACAUGUCCAGAUAAAUUAUUGCAAUGUUUUGUCCACCAGUAUCACGUCAGACUCAAAACUGUCUUUACAUAUUAAUUCAAGCUGCUCUAUGUAAGUUUAGUUGGGAAAUUUCAACCUUUGAACUCUCCACAGUUGUGUGAAAUAGAUUUUAUACAGAAUAAAUUGUGCUCUAAGAAGAAAACAAAAUCGACAGAACUCUUGUUAAAGCCAGCAUGCAACUGUUUUCCAACACCCAACACCCCGCCAACUCCCUAAUUUAAACAAUUUUAUGGCAUUACUGUGCAUUUUCUCCAAGGUAUUUUUUUCUCGGAAAUAUGUUUCUUACAAAUUUUGUUAGUGACUGAUCACUAUGUAUCUCUUUUCCUUGACAAAACUACAUAGUGCAGUGUUAAAUGAGAAUGUAAUAUACAAGAAUGCCCAAUACAUGCAGAGUUGUCUAAAUAAAGUUAUAAAUCUGCAAGUUAGCAUGGCUUAGAUGUCAGCUGUUUUCUGUGAUUUGUGUUGAGGAUCAGAAUGUAUGCAAAGUCAAAGUGGCUGAAUGAGACCUUGAAAUGAGGGUAAAAUUGUAAAGGAACCAACUCAUCUUACCAAAAAAUAAACUUUUGCAUUGAAAUGUUCAAA